GGCUUUAGGGCCGGGGGGAUCGUGCUGCGUUGGGCGGCGCGGGGUCUGGGCCUGGGCCGGGCGGCGGCGGCGGCGGCGGCCAUGCCGAAGCGUGGGAAGAAGGAGGCGAAGGCGGCGGCGGCGGCGGCGGCGGAGGAGGAGGCCGGAGGCGGCGGGGAGGAGGUGGCCGCCCCAGAACCCAAGGCCAAGAAGGGGAAGAAGGGAGCCAAGGAGCCAAAGGAGCCGAAGGAGAAACCGGCGGCGGCGGCGGCGGCGGCGUCGGGUGAGGCUGCGGGCCUGUACGAGGACCCCCCCGACCGGCGCAGCUCCGCCAGCGGGCGGCCCGCCACCCUCAAAAUCUGCUCCUGGAAUGUGGACGGGCUCCGCGCUUGGGUCAAGAAGAAGGGGCUGGACUGGGUGCGUGAGGAGGCCCCGGACAUCCUCUGCCUCCAGGAGACCAAGUGCGCCGAGGGCAAGCUGCCGCCCGAGCUGAAGGACCUGUCGGAUUUCCCCCACCGGUACUGGGCGGCUCCCAACGACAAGGAAGGCUAUAGCGGCGUGGGCCUGCUGUCCCGCCAGCGCCCGCUCACUGUUUCCUACGGCAUCGGUGAGGAGGAGCACGAUCAGGAGGGCCGAGUGAUCGUGGCGGAGUUCGAGGCCUUCGUGCUGGUGACCGUCUACGUGCCCAACUCGGGCCGGGGCCUGGUGCGGCUGGACUACCGUCAGCGCUGGGACCAGGCCUUCCGCCGCUUCCUUCAGGCGCAGGCGGCCCGCAAGCCCCUGGUGCUGUGCGGAGACCUGAACGUGGCGCACGAAGAGAUCGAUCUGCGCAACCCCAAGGGCAACAAGAAGAACGCGGGCUUCACGGCGCAGGAGCGGCAGGGCUUCGGGGAGCUGCUGGGGGCCGUGGACCUGGCCGACAGCUUCCGACACCUGUACCCUGCGGCCGCCUACGCUUACACCUUCUGGACGUACAUGAUGAACGCACGGAGCAAGAACGUGGGCUGGCGCCUCGACUACUUCCUGCUGUCCCGGGCCCUGCUCCCCUCCCUGUGCGACAGCAAGAUCCGCUCGGCGGCCCUGGGCAGCGACCACUGCCCCAUCACGCUCUACCUUGCCCUCUGACCCCGACCCCCUGCAGUUUGUGUGUUGGUUUCUUGAUGAUGUAUUUUUUAAAGCAAGAGUUGCUAGCGCCCACGCGCGGGAUCCGAAUAAAAAGCCAGAAUACUAG